UGACUUCACCAGGGAACAUCUGCUCAAAGAGCUCCUGAAGUCCUCCCCGUGCCCCAGCAGUUGUGAGUUCUGGGGCAGAGAGAGGAGCUGCAGGGGGCCCAGCCAUUGCGAGAAGUCGAGGCCCAGUGGAGAGAACAAACACCCAAACCCUAGCCGGUGGAGCCUUGGCACAGAAGAAUUCAAAAUGGCUGCACUCCCCAACUGGCUCAGUUUUCUCCUUUUUAUCCCCCGCCAAAAAGUUCCAGCCGACAGGACAUUUUAACAAGACUCACAGGCCCUCCCAACUACAUGGUAACGAUGGAGAAGGUGAUGAUAGUAUCAUCAUCUUCACGAUGAGGCAUGAGAUCAAGGAAGAGAGCUAUAAGCCUCCAGAGAAGACUCAUGGGUGAAGAAGCUGAGAGGAGGCACAUGCUGGGCUUCGCAGUGGGUGACCUGUGCCCAGCAGAGGAGACAUGUACUGAGUGCCUUCUGCAGGCCACAUGCUAUUUCUGGUGCUGGAGAAUUAGCAGUGAGAGGACAGAUGACCCUGAGCUCCAGAGCUUCUGCUGCAUUGGGAGAGACAGGAGCCUGGUAAAUGGAACAUUUUUGGAAAUCAAAGACCGAAUGUUUUCCCAUCUGCCUUCCCUGCAGCUGCUGUUGCUGAACUCUAACUCCUUCACGGUCAUCCGGGAUGACGCUUUCGCUGGACUUUUUCAUCUUGAAUACCUGUUCAUUGAAGGCAACAAAAUAGAAACCAUUUCAAGAAACGCCUUUCGUGGCCUCCGUGACCUGACUCACCUUUCCUUGGCCAAUAACCACAUACGGGCACUACCGAGGGAUGUCUUCAGUGAUUUAGACUCUCUCAUUGAACUAGAUUUAAGGGGUAAUAAAUUUGAAUGCGACUGCAAAGCCAAGUGGCUCUAUCUGUGGUUGAAGAUGACGAAUUCCACUGUGUCCGACGUGCUGUGUAUUGGUCCACCAGAAUACCAAGAGAAGAAGCUCAAUGAUGUGACCAGCUUUGACUACGAAUGUACAACUACAGAUUUUGUUGUUCAUCAGACGCUGCCCUACCAGUCAGUUUCGGUGGACACGUUCAACUCCAAGAACGACGUGUACGUGGCCAUCGCCCAGCCCAGCAUGGAGAACUGCAUGGUGCUGGAGUGGGACCACAUCGAGAUGAAUUUCCGGAGCUACGACAACAUCACAGGUCAGUCCAUCGUGGGCUGCAAAGCCAUCCUUAUCGACAGCCAGGUCUUCGUGGUCGUGGCCCAGCUCUUCGGCGGCUCUCACAUUUACAGAUACGACGAGAACUGGACCAAGUUCGUCAAAUUCCAAGACAUAGAGGUGUCUCGCAUUUCCAAGCCCAACGAUAUUGAGCUGUUUCAGAUCGAGGACGAGACGUUCUUUGUCAUCGCAGACAGCUCUAAGGCUGGUCUGUCCACAGUGUAUAAAUGGAACAGCAAAGGAUUCUACUCUUACCAGUCCCUGCACGAGUGGUUCAGGGACACGGAUGCAGAGUUUGUUGACAUCGAUGGAAAAUCGCAUCUAAUCCUGUCCAGCCGCUCCCAGGUCCCCAUUAUCCUCCAGUGGAAUAAGAGCUCUAAGAAGUUUGUCCCCCAUGGUGACAUCCCCAACAUGGAGGACGUCCUGGCCGUGAAGAGCUUCAGAAUGCAGAACGCUCUCUAUCUGUCCCUCACUCGCUUCAUUGGGGACUCCCGGGUCAUGAAGUGGAACAGUAAGCAGUUUGUGGAGAUCCAGGCUCUGCCAUCCCGGGGGGCCAUGACCCUGCAGCCCUUUUCCUUUAAAGAUAAUCACUACCUGGCCCUGGGGAGUGACUACACCUUCUCCCAGAUAUACCAGUGGGAUAGAGAGAAGCAGCUGUUUAAAAAGUUUAAGGAGAUUUACGUGCAGGCGCCUCGCUCCUUCACGGCCGUCUCCACCGACAGGAGAGAUUUCUUUUUCGCCUCUAGUUUCAAAGGAAAAACAAAGAUUUUUGAACAUAUCAUUGUUGACUUAAGUUUGUGAAAGUGUAGUGGGUGGAUUGAAAAGGCGUGUAGCCUUAGCCCUCAGAAGGGAGGACCCAGAAGUAAAAUAAACAAAUAAAAGCCAGGCUCGGCGCUCUGAAAUUAAAAAUGGACCGGGGAAAUAGUUAGGAGUUUUCAAACUUUUAGAACUCUCAUUGUAAUCAGGGAUUGCAUUUAUUGGCUAACUGCAUGACGUCCAUGCUCCCAUUUAAAAAGACAUCUUAAAGCCUGUAAUUUCUGAGACCAGAGUAUCUAGCGUUUGCUCUUACCAUCUAGAAAAGUAAUGUGCUUUUUCUUUUCCUCUUUUUUCGUUUUUCUUUUUAAUGAGGAAGGAGAAAAUUGGAUAAGAUGGGACAGCUCUUAUAUAAUGAAAUAAAAAAAA